AUGAGCGAAGAAGGCGGGUUUAGUAUCGACCAGCUCAUGGAACUGGCUGGGUUGAGCGUUGCACAAGCUGUCUACAGGGUCCACCCACCCUCCUCAGGGCCCAUGGUCCUCAUCGCCGCGGGACCCGGCAAUAACGGCGGCGACGGGCUCGUGGCCGCCCGCCACCUCCACCACUUCGGCUACACGCCAACCAUCUACUACCCAAAACCCACCAACCAGCCCAUCUUCAGCGGUCUCCAAAAGCAACUGCAUCACCUCUCAAUCCCGCUCCUCACAACCCCCGAAUCAUUCACCUCAGCCCUCCAGUCGAGUGACCUUGUCGUCGACGCCUUGUUCGGCUUCUCCUUCCACCCGCCCGUGCGCCCCCCGUUCGACACCGUGCUGCGGGACAUCAUCACUGCCAGGAAACCCGUGCUGUCCGUCGAUAUCCCAUCGUCAUGGGACGUCGAGGCCGGUCCGCCGUCGGGUGACGACCAGGUAGGGCAUGACUUCAUGCCGGAGUAUUUGAUCAGCUUGACGGCCGCAAAGCCGAGUGUGAGACAUUUCAAGGGGAAACGGCACUUCAUCGGCGGCAGGUUUCUGAGUGCUAAGGUAGCCGAGAAGUAUGGGCUUGAGGUCCCUGAGUACAACGGCGUGGACCAAAUUGCGGAGGUGGAUGUCGGUGUCAAGGUGGAGAAGCUGUGA